ACGAUCAAUCAAAUGGAGGUGAUUGGUUUUACGGCAGAAACAGAAGUUGCGUUUUCAGAGACGGAGAUGGAAGCGGCGGAGCAGAUAGUGCAGUUGAGCGAAGAUGAUACGUUGAGUUGUUGCAGCGGUACAAGCUGGAGUAUCAGCGAAGGCGGAAGCAAUGCGAAGAGACAUGAAAAUGUUGUUAAUUCGGAGAGUUAUGAUAUGGUCGGAAAUAAGCAAAACAACGGCAUACGGAUGAUGCAUAAGAAUGAUACGGACGGACAAAGUUUUGUGACGGCAAUCAAAGAAACCAACAUCAUCAUAGGGAGAAAUAAGAAAAAGAAGUUUCGGUCUCUCGCGAGUAUUUACAGAGCGACGAAUGAGAUGAGGUAGCUAGCUAGUAGCUAGUGACGUUGGGGUUGAUGGCUAUUUUACGUUUUAGUGACGUUGCACAAAUCCCUUGCACAAAUCCCCUAGACUAUAUUUGCGAAUUGAUUUUGUCACGUGUUCUUUCUACAAUCAAUUUCACAAAACAAAUAUGAUAUGGCUAAUGAAAUUGAUGACAA